AUGCAAGGGCAAGCCGUACCUUGGGAAAAUGCUCCAAGCCACGAGAAGAUGGUUGAUGAACCUGAGCAGGCAGAAUUCUUUCAUAAAGAUUUAGAGGAACAGACCCAAAGAGUAAUCCUAAAUAUGUAUGAUUGUCUGAAAAACGAAAAUCCAGAUUCCUCGCAAAAUCAAAUUUUAAACAGAAUUUGUAUCCUGACAAAAAUCAGUCGGUCUACCAUUUAUCGGGUUAUAAAAAGGGGAGAUGUAGUCAACCAUUCCUUCCACAGAAAGCGCAUAGGGCAAAAAUUAAAAAGAAUAGACGUGGGUUUUCAGGAAGAUAUUCGUCGUAUAAUAUACGGAUUUUAUAAAGAAAAUUUGGUGCCCACGUUGGAAAUGAUACGGGAUAAAUUAAAAGAUUAUCCUGAAGAUUUUUAUAAUUACAAAUGCUUAGACUCACUGCACUGUAUUGUAAAACUGUGUGGUUUUCAAUACAAAAAAUUAGAUAAAAGAAUGGUGAUUAUGGAGUCGUCUCGAAUCGUUGAAUUGCGCCAAGAAUUUUUGCACAAAGUUAAAAUCUAUAGAGAGCAGAAAAGAAAUCUGAUUUACCUGGAUGAAACGUGGUAUGAUACCCAUGAUGUUGUGCAGUACGGCUGGGUUGACGACAGCAACAAGUGCAUUUUAAAUGCACCAUGCAACCGUGGAAAACGAAUCAUUAUUCUCCAUGCUGGCAGUGAAAAAGGAUUUAUACCUAAUGCCUUGCUGUUAUCUGCCAAAAAUAUCAAAGAAUCAUGUGCCGACUAUCAUGAGGACAUGACCUCCGACUUAUUUGAAAAGUGGAUAGAGCAGCAGUUAAUACCAAACAUUUCCCCAAAUUCAGGAAUGGAAAUACCACAAAAAUCAACCAAAGCCAUAUUAUUGGACCUUAUUAAAAGACAAAAAUUUGAAAAAGAGUAUGUUGUUGACAAUCUGCUUCAGCAAAAUGGCCAUGAAGUAUUACGUCUACCUCCCUAUUACUGCAUUUUUUACCCGAUUGAUGAAUCGCUAUUGGCCACAAUAAGAGAUGCAGUAUCUCAUAUUGCUGCCACAGACCUAUGGAAGCAGUGUUCUAGGCAUAUUAUUGAAAAAGAAAAUGAAUAUUGUGUUUUGCCUCCUAUAAAUCCCGUUGUAAUUCCUCUACAAGAUGACUCCAGCGACAGCUCCGAAGGCGAGGAUGAUAUAUAA